GUGUUUUUUCAGAUUGCUUUGGUGUACCACUGAUAUGAGGCUAACACGCGUGAAGUGUUAGCAUACGCCACUAAACCGCACCUGUGAACAUUCAGAGACCAAGAUAAAACAAUGCCAUUGCCGGUGAUAUAAUGGACAAAACAAGACCUCCAAGACACACCAUCAGCUGCACGAAGUGGGACAAGAAUUAACGAUCAACUUACUUUGGACCUGCCUGCUGUCUGAGAGAAAUAUGAGUUGCUGUCACCAAACUCUGAACAGUAUUUAUUGGCUAUAUUGCUUUCGUUGGACCAUCAGAAAGAGUGCUUCAUAACCUUUAUGCUGAAAUAAAAAAAGAUGAAGUAUAUAGGAAUAGGAAGUUGCAUUUGAAGUCAACCAAACAUGAAGUGAACAAGAUACUCUACUAAAUAUGCAAAGCAGAAACGGGUUAUUUUUCGUAUACAAAGUCAGGAUUGGAUGCUAUAUUUUUCAUAUUAGUUUUCAUGCACUAACUUCAAGUUAGAGAAAAGUACACAGCAUUACGUAGAGAUGAAAUGUUGUUUUUUUCUCUCAGAGACGAUAUUCUUUUAAUCUAAUUCCUGUUUCAAGCCUUGUCGACUCACGUCAGUCAAGGUUGCAGUACAUUUUGAAUCGCUGCUUGCCCUCUUGAGCGUUUGAUAGUCAAGGUCACUAGAUACGGACACCCAGAAAUUCGGUGCAAAACGAAACCAAACCCCGAAAAUUGGUCCACAGCCAUUACAACCAACAACCUGUACUGUAUUGCCUGAGCAUCAAAGAAAAAGUUCUUGAAACAAAGUGGUUGGUUUGAAAAAUCAUGAAUAAACUGAGGACAAGCCAAACGGCUGGAACAUGAAAGUAGAGUUAGAUAUUCUGUCCAUAUUCCAAAAAUGACAACCCUCUUGUGUUGUUUGAAAUCUUGGGAUCAUUUAAAUACCAGAUUGUGUUGAAGACAUCUGGCUGGGCCAGAAGAACGUAGACAGCAUCAAAAUGACGUCAACACAAGCGUAUCACUACGUCACUCCCUCGGAUUACUUCAUUCCUGAUCGAGUCAUCUUCACAUACACCAACGAGUCGCUAUUCGCGGACUUCAACACUUCCUUCAAUGCAACCCCUCAAACUACGUCCUCUCCCGUGACGUCAUCAGACUCUUGGUGGUGGUCCCACUACCCUAGCGGCUUCUCCUGGCCCCACAUAAUCGUCGGCGCCAUCAUAAUCACCGUUAUUAUUCUGAUGAUUAUCAUCGGGAAUUUCUUGGUUAUGUGGGCAAUCGUGCACGAUCGAACUUUGAAAACGACCCAGAACCUGUUCAUCGCUUCCCUGGCCUUCGCCGAUUUCUUCCUGGGUCUGAUAGUCAUCCCGUUUUCUUUGUGCAAUGAACUGAUGGGAUAUUGGCUCUUUGGGGUCGUUUGGUGUGAGCUGUACAAGGCAAUCGAUGUCCUGCUAUGCACGGCCUCAAUCAUGUCUCUUUGCCUGAUUUCUCUGGACAGAUACUGGUCCAUCACACGGGCUGUACACUACGCUCGCCAACGCACGCGCAAACGAGCUGCUGUCAUGAUUUUCACAGUCUGGUUCAUCUCUGCCGUUCUUAGCAUCCCGCCUCUGAUUGGUUGGAAGCAGCCCACACGAGAGUCUGAGUGGCCCUUAUGUCAGCUAAGUAAAGAUAUCGGCUACGUGGUUUAUUCCGCCUUCGGCUCCUUCUUCAUCCCGGCCUUUAUCAUGGUGUGCGUGUACGCCAAGAUUUACCAGGCAGCGAAGCAGCGGGCGCGAAAGAACGUUGUAAAACCGCCGAUGGGUGGGACGGCGGGGGAGAAGGCUGAGCAGAAACACUCCACAGAGUCCAGCAUCACUGAGCACCCUCAGCCGAAGGAGUGUUCUAUGGACGAUGUGGAUGAACCUGAAGAGUCCCAAGUUGUUGCCCCAGGCAACAUGACGGAGGACACAGCCUGCGAUACCGCUGUGGACAGCGUUGUGCCAACUUCCGAGGAUGAUGUCAUGGUGAAAUCCAGACGAGUACCAGAGGUAGCGGCGAGGGCGAUACGUGAAGGAGAGUGUUCGAAUCUCCUGUCCACAGAUUCGGACUCAGAACCAAGGCGAACGGCUCUGAAUAAAGCCGAGUCGGGUCGGCCAGCAUUCCAAGCGGUGCCCACCAGCGACACGGACUCAUCUGAGCCCCCUGCUGACCAAACCGCACUCCAUAACACCCACCACAAUGCCAACAAAAAAGCUGCCCCGCCCAUCACUAGCGCUGCAGUAGCAACAUCCUCCCCGUCUGCCAGUGUAGACAACCUCUCCAACAGCCCCGAAGACCACAACAAUGGCUCUCUGAGGCGUUUUAAAAUCCUCGAACUCCGUGCCAAUGGAACCUCGUCUUUAUCUCACGACAACACCUCGGUCUCUCAAAAAGGUUCGGUAAUCACAACCAUCAGGAAACAUCUCUUUGUUCCGAAACGAGACAGUCGUCGCAAAAAGUACACGGCGUCCAGACCGGAAUCUGGAAAACCAUUAGACUUUCAGACGGCUGAAAGACAAAAGAGAAAACUCGCCAAGGCUCGAGAACGUCGAGCCACUGUUGUCCUGGGUCUUGUGAUGGCAGCCUUCAUCCUGUGCUGGUUGCCCUUCUUCAGUCUCUACCUCGCGUCCGCGUUCUGCGAGGGCUGCAUACCCAACAUGGUAUUCACGGUGUUCUUUUGGAUCGGAUACUGCAACUCAGCAUUGAAUCCUAUUAUCUACACAGUGUUUAACAGAGAUUUUAGACGUGCUUUUCAGAAGAUUCUUUUUGGGAAGAGACAUGGACGGUGGUAACAUCAAUUUCAGAAACUGAAGAGGCAUGCAAAAAUUAUUAAGUCAUCUAUUUUUUGUCGUGCUUAACACUGUUCCCAGCACUGCAAUGCAAUGUUACCCACCUCGCCUCAUUUUAUGCACUACAUUUUGGAUCUUUCAUUUGACUAAUGGGGAAAGUAUUUUAUUUGUAAAUAUCUCCUUAACCACAGCACAGAUCCAAGCUUCAUGUAUGUACUCCAGGUCGUACGUACUAUUUCCUAAGUCACGAUAACACAUCCUGCCAGCGCCAUCCCCCCUCACCCAAGCACAGACCCUGCCCACCAUGUGUAAUAUUUUAACUGCACACAUACACAAUGUAUUUGGAUUGACAUACAUGCACAUGUGAAAAGCGUUUAAAAGUUCUUCUGGUGAAAGAGCAAGGUGA